CAUUUUCUCCGAUACUUCUAUUCACUCCUACCGCUCUUAGACGAAACAUUUUUGUAUUGCCCCAGCUUGUAAGAAAUGUUAGCUAGUGUAGUUUAACAAAUGGUGCAUUCCUGGGAUAUAUAAAUAUAAAUAGUUAGGCAAAGGGGGAAGCAGUCUGCGAAUAUGCUGAAAUAUUUCCUCCCAAGACGUAUCAAGCGAAUUGUGUUUUUGUUACUGUACGGACUGCUUCUAUUUGCUUGUAUAACGUACUGGAGACUUCCGCAGCCGAAUAUUAACAUACCAAUCAAGGAUUAUCUCGCCAAAAACGAAUGGUUACUUAAAACUAAUGAUAAACAUUUAAUAGGGACCAGAAAUCAGACGUGCGUCCAUCCAAAUUUGCCACUUUGGAAUAAAGACAUUGAAAAAAUUAUAGAAAUUUCAGUACCAGUCAAAUGUUCCAGAGAGACAGACUGGGUAUACACCGGAAGUGGAAAGUUCUAUAUUUCUUUAAAAGCCGUCAAAAAUCACGGAGAAAUAAAAUGCUCAUAUGAAGCAAUCGUAAAUGAUAAUGAAGAAUUUAAAAUUUUAGAUCCUGUCUAUCCAAUGUUGAAUGGAAGUGAUCUUAAAUCAGAUGCAUUCAAAGUUUAUUGCAAAGCCUCAGAUGGCAAAACAUACUCUAAUACGCAUGCGUGUAUAGCGCCACAGUCUCCGCGAAUGGCCGGUGAAUAUUCUUCAAAUUCAGAACGUUUUAAUGUGUUAAUUCUUGGACUGGACUCGACAUCGCGGCAAAUGUAUAUGCGCAUGUUGCCAAAAACUUACAAAUAUUUUACGGAAGUACUGGGUGGUUCCCUGCUCGAGGGUUACAAUAUUGUUGGUGACGGCACAACACAAGCUUUAAUGCCGCUUCUCUCGGGAAAGCGGGAAACAGAAAUACCAGAAACAAGACGUGAUAGGCCGGGUGCAAGUUUCGUUGACGAACAUCUUGAAUUUGUAUGGACGCGGUACGAAAAGAAAGGAUACGUAACACAAUGGGCGGAGGACACUCCAGAGUCUAGCACUUUUAACCUUAGAUUAGUCGGGUUUAAAUCCCAACCAGUUAUUCACUAUCUUCGACCAUUUUACUUGUCUAUGGCUGAUUCUGCACAAUCAUAUAUGACAUCAUUUCUAAAUUUGUUCAAAGAAAAGAGAAAAAAUUGUUUGGGCUCAAGAACAACAUACCAAGUUUAUCUUGACUGGAUGAAAGAAGGAUUGGAAACGAACAAGGGAAAGAACUUCUUUUCGUUUGGAUUCAUUUCAUCAUACAGUCAUAAUGAUAACAGUGAUUUGGUACAGAUAGAUGAUGAUAAUGUAGAAUUUCUUAAGUAUUUACGGAAUGAGAACAUCUUGAAAAAUACGUUCCUGGUCAUGAUGAGUGAUCAUGGUUUACGUUACGGUCAGUAUCGAAUGACCGAGCAGGGAAAACUGGAAGAAAGAAUGCCGUAUUUUGGUGUUUACAUUCCGGCUAAAUUCCGGGCAAAAUAUCCUGACAAGUACACUGCUUUCAUGCAGAAUUUAAAUCGCCUGGUAGUGCCAUCAGAUAUACAUAAAACUCUUUUAGAAUUAAUUGAUGAAACGCCAGAAAAGAUGAACAGAUCUGUUUACUCGUUGUUUUCUCCCAUACCUGAAAAACGCACAUGCGCAGACGCUGACAUUGAUCCACAUUGGUGCGCAUGCCUAAAAACAGAAUCUGUUUCCGUUUCAAAUCAAAACGUUGUAGCUGCCACAAAUAAAGUCAUAUCUUUUAUAAAUGAUCUCUUAAAAAAUGUUUCUUCCCUUUGUCAUGGAUUAACAUUACAAAAAGUUAUGAAAGCGUCUGCGUUAGGGACUGAUACAAAUGUGCUCAAAUUCAAAGGAAGUUCGGACCGGGACGGACGUGUAGCGGACUUUAGCGACAAGCUGAGUGCGGAAUUUAUUCACUACCUUAUAACUUUUGAAACUGCCCCUAGUUCGGCAAUAUUCGAAGCUAGUGUUUUUAUGAACGUGAAAACAGGGGAAAUAACUGCCAAAGAAAAUGAGAUAAGUAGACUUAAUAGCUACAAUGAUGCUGCAAAAUGUAUCCAUUCUACUCAUCCGUCCCUACGGCCAUAUUGUUAUUGCCGGUGAGCUAAAAAAUAGAAAUACAUUACAUGUCGUCUGUGUGACUAUUCAUAUGGUGUUUGAUUUUGAAAAUUUCAGAACCUUUCAGAUGACCAGCAAUCUGCUUACACGCUGAAAGCUACCACUCUUUCACACAAAACGGGUCUAAAAAUAUCAACAUCAUGACGUAACAGUUGUAAUGUUUCACUUGACCUUUACGAUCACAACCGUUAUAGUGUAGCGAGUAGGACAGUUUGAGCCAGGUAGAACUUCCAUGAUUACCGCCAUAUGAACACAUCUGCCGGUUAUUACGUGCAGACUUUGAUUUGAAUUUUUUUAAUAAAAUCAACUGCAGAGAAAUUAACUCAGGUGAACACUGCUGUUAAGAAAUUUCGUUGUUUUUGUUUUUUUUCUUGUUUUUUUUUUCUAUAUUUAUACAUGUAUAUAUUUAUUAAUUUUUGCUACAUUGGAAAGUGUUUUCAUUAUUUAUUAUUAUGUCACAUCAAUAAAAAAAAAGAUGACGGAAAGAUGACGGAACUUACCAAAGAUAUCCGAUUGAGAAACAAACUCCACCGUGGUCUAUAAAAGCCUAAAAUAUGUAAUUUGAAUUUCUGACACAGAUCAGCUGGGACACUAAAAAGAACGAUAUGCACAAAAUAAUAAACAAAUAUAUCCUGAAAUAAACAGAAAAUCGUAAUUUUGUGCUCUUUUAGCCCGAUUUUGGUGAAAACGUUGCAACGCUUUUCAUUUUCGGAUCAUUUUC